CGUUGAAUUGGAGAGUGUAGAGAGUAGGUAAAGCAAGUGGGCGUAACCUGUUAGAAUGGGGUCGCUAAAGAUGAGUUCUCGUAAUUAGAAAGCGAAGCUGUGCGCAACCAAUUUUAAUGGUGGUUGAAAUAAUCAGGAGACUGACUAUGUCAUGACUAAAUUGUAGGUGUGUUAUAACCUCAGUUCCUACCGUUAUGCUUUAUGGGCUUAUGUUUUUAAUGUACGUCAAGUUUUCUUUAAAACAUGCUGAAUAUUCUUCCUGGAUCAUAAAGUAGCGCUCAUACGUUAUAUAACACCGUGGAAUCGCACAGCAUUGACAGAAAGUUGUAGUGUGAGUAACUUUGCUAUUUCCCCUGAGAUGCAAGUGUUAGUGCUGAAAGGAUGAAAGUUACAAAACAGGAAGCACAAGGUACCAAGAGCAAAAUCCAUAAUCAUGUAGCAGAGAAAAAGUUUAAGAACAUUUCUUUGAGGAAAACUGACCCAAAUGAGGGAGCAGUCUCAGCACCCUCAUGCCAUCAGCGAAAAGGGACAGAGCUAUCAAAAAUAAAACAUGUGGAUGAGCUUAAUAUUAUUCCACCUGGUCAUCGGCAGGAUUCUAUAAAUGUAUCAACUGAGACACCUGUUCUGUUGUCUGGUGAUGGAAUUUUGCGGCAGGCACUGUUAUCAUUCAGCUACUCUGGACAGGAAGAGAAAGCACUGAAGGAAACAAUUAACAAAAAAAAUUACAUUACAACUAAGGCUCAGACAGUUGCAGUCAGCAACAUCAAAUUAUCGUGUUCUACUCCUGGUCCACUAUCUCCAGAAAAUGUGCAGAAAACCUUGACUCACGGAGCUCUUCCAUCAAAAUCGUUAUCUCCUGGAACCCUUCUGACAGGGUCUUUACCUUUGGGAAACCUUGUUUCUCUACCACCAAUAUCUUUCACAUCAGAAGCAUUUUCACAUAAAACGCUGCCUCUUAUGUCUUUAACAUCGGGUCCUCUGCCCCCUGUUUCCGAAAUUCCACGUCCUGGGAGUAUUCCUUCACUUGGUUGCUCAUCGUCAGCAUCUCCUAGGAAUACAAUUUCAGCAGGUUUACAACGUCCAGGCAUUGUUGCCAGUGUGCCAUCCACUUUCAGUGGCAGUUCAGGCAAUGUACCCAUUCUCUCUGAGGCUCCAACUUAUGAAGUCACACAGUCACUGAAAGUCCUAGUUUCAUUGUCACCAUCAGUACACAGAACUGCUGAAUCUCAAGUCCUGACCCAGACUUCAGCUCCUUCCAAAGAAAGUUCUGUUACUUUAGUUUACUCAUCCAUACCAAAAAUGGAACCAUCCUUUUUUAAUGCUUCUCACAGUCUGUCCCAGAAGGUCAUACCCCUCCCACCAAUGUCUGAAAUGAAAUCUCAUUGUACAAAUCACCUGCAGGCACUGUCGCAUGGUAAGGUUGAUGACUCUUCUAGUGCUUCUGUUAAUGACCAUACUGAUGGUGAUAGCAUUUGUGAAGUUGUCCCAGUUAGCACUGAUGUUCUGUCAGUUGCUGACUGCACAUCUCAAACUAGCAUCUCAGUGCUUUCUACUCCAGUUUCAAGUGAUCCCAUCCAUGGAAACAGUACAAAUACAAUAAAAUUAGAUGAAAAUCAUGAUUCUGCAGAAGAACUGAGCCAAGUUCAUUCAAUUCAAAAUGUAUCCAUUUCACAUUCAAUAAAUUUUCAGACAAAUAAUUGUUCAUCUCCUGAUUUGAACCAUAUUGUCAUACCAGUUUCCAGUGGUAUUGCUUCUGGUAAGGUGGAUGACCAUCAUGUCUUGUCAGCACAAGAUAUUGGCCAAAUAAUUACAAUUCCACUAACUUCAAGUGCAAUUUAUGGCCAUCCUGUUGGUAUCUCUAUCCCAAUUUCUGGUAAUGCAGUUCCUCUGUCCAUGCCCGUACAAGUUUCGUCUGCUAUUUUACCAAUGUCUUGCAGUUUGCUGCCAGUUUCUACUAGUACUGCCACUAUUCAUCCACCAUCUAUUCCUGCUUCUGAGGCUUCAGGCCUGCUAGUACCAACUGCAGGUUCUAUUCGAUCAUAUCCUAGUACAGUUAUUCCAUCUGUUGACUCUGAUACUGCAGAAACUGCAGUCCAACAUUCUCACCUCUCAACUGACAUCUCUGGAUUAGUAACAGUGACUUCAAGUAUGGCUUUGCCAGUUUCACACUCAAAUACUGUGUCUGUUACAUCUGCUUCCAAUACUGGUGUUGCAGUUACUUCUAGCACAGAUCCAGUACCAGUAACUUCUGUCGCUGUGUCUCUGCCUUCCUCAUCAGCAAGUAAUGCAACUACAACAAUGGUAUUUGCAACUCAGAAUUCGUCAGUGGAAUCAGUUUCUGCCUAUGCCAUGCAAUCUCCAGCAGAGAUCCUGUCACAGCUUUCUAAGGCUGGAGUACUUCCGACAAUGAGCAGCAGUCAGGUAUCAUCAGUACUGUCUGCUCUUGCAGCAGAUGGUUGCCACUUGGACCUGGAAGCUGAAAACUCUCAUAAUGUGGAGCUAAUGACUCAGCAGCAGGUAAUGCACCUAUCAUCAUCUGCAGAUAAAGUAUCAACUCUAACACAGACAGAAGAUCUGGAGUUGGGCCACACAGUGGAGUUGGGUUGUAACAUUAAUAUAGAACCCCAGCAUAACAAAGUGAUGAGUGCUGCAGAUGACAUCCAUCUUGCAGGGUGUGGAAGGUUAAUGGAGCACCACUUACAUCUUUUAAACCACACACAUGGAAAUUCUGGUAUUGAUACAGCUUCUUUGUCGCCAAGUGUUUCACUUCCAGAAAAACAGGCUUCUGUUUCAAAUUUACCUUCCAUAGAUAGCAUUCAGGUAUCAGAUGAAAAUGCCGUCAUCAAACAUCAGGCUGAGGUAAAUCCGAGGGUAAUUGGUCCUGUAGAUAUUGACUCAAGUACUCUUAAACAGACAGCAUCCAUGUAUCCUAGGAUAGUUCCUAAACUUAAUUUGGCUCCUAAUGAACCUAUAACUACUGGUUUGAAUAAAAGCAACGUAAGUUCCAAGCUUCAUAUACCAAAACAUGGAAGUGAAUCUUUUACAAGCUCCCGUGUUAGUGAUAUGAAUCGUGAACAGCGUAUUGUUUCAGUGUUCAUCAAGCAAGAAAACUUUGAAAAUUCUCUAAAUCAGAAAGUUAAUAAAUCUGGAUUUGAUGGACUUAGAGAUAAAGAAUCAAAGAAACGUAGACUUCAGGAUAUUAAUAAUGGGAAAGACAACAAUGAGUAUAGAAAUGCUAAGUGUACUAAAGAAACAAAGAAGCAAAACAUCAAAAAUGUGGAAAUGGACAGUUAUGUAGAACAAGUUGCUUGUUACAAGUGCAAAUUUUGCUCUUUCCUUACACUUGAAAAGGAAGGAGUAGCAAUGCAUGUUCAGCUUGUACAUAUUUCACAAUUACCAGGUAAUCAACAGGAAACCAGGCACAACAUCAAAUGCCCAGGAUGCGAAAAUGUUUUCUUUACUUCAAAGUCUCUCAGGGUUCAUCUUUCACAAGAUCACCAAGUGGGAGAUGAGGAGUUAAGGACAUUAAUUGAAGUAGUAAUCAGGUCUUCAUAUAAGGAUGCCAAAGCCAAAAACAAGUUUGAUAAGAAAAGAAAGAGAAGCUUAGCUACAGCUCACCCUCUUGAAAUUUUGAAUCCUGUUGACAAUGAAUGCAGUGAUGGUAAAGAGGUACCAAGUGUUACCAACAGUGUCAGGCAGGUUAACUGUUCAGCUACUGACAUGAUGCUUGAUGAAUGCAGCAAGAUCCGAGUGAGGAACUUGAACAAUGAAGUGCUGCCUGAGCUUGAGGACACUCUUGUGUCUCAUUCUGACACCACUGCUGUUACUGAUGUUAGGAAUGAAGACAGUCUGAUUAGCAAUGGUGCAUCUGAUGGUGAUGUGAGGGAAGGAACAUUGGUCAUAGAUGACAAUCAUCUGACACAGCAGAAGCAUGCAAAGAUAACAGUGGAUGAUGUCUGUGAGUUUAAGAUGAUCAAGACUGAUACAGAACCAGUAGCUGGACCUGGAGUCACUUCUGAAAUAGUAGUUCGUAAUGCAGCAGGUAAUUCAUUGGGUCAGAAGGAGCAGAGAAAUGAGCUGAAGUCUAACCAAAGAAUGUCUCCAUUAGCUAAGAAGAAACCAGGUCGGCCAAAAGGUUCUAAGAACAUCCCUGCUAAUGGAUAUCAGAAAUUGUCUUCUGCACAGAAGGAACUCAUGGAGAAGGAGUUAGGUUAUAGAUGUGAUAUAGAUGGUUGUGCAGUCCGUUUGCGUUCUCAUGACAACAUUGAGUACCAUCGUCGUUGCCACCAUGAUGAGAAGUUUCUGUGCCCUGAAUGCUCACAGGAAACAGUCCACUGGAAGUCACUCAGCACUCACCUUUGGCGUUACCAUGUGAUUGACAUGGAACUCUUUGCAUGCGACCAGUGCAGUUAUAAAACAAACAGUUACAGCAAACUGAUAAAUCUGCAUCGCCGAAUCCAUGGAGAUGAGCGUCCAUUCCUCUGUGAUACUUGCGGGAAGGGAUUUAAGAACCGAAAGCAGUUGCGUAAUCAUAAGGCAAUUCAUAUGGCAAAACAGAAGCAGAAAGCUGGUCCAACUGGAGAGUGUGAUGUCUGUGGUCGUACUUUUACAAAUCCUCGAAUGUUGCGAGUUCACAAGGAUAAUGUCCAUGGUAAAUUGCGGCCACAUCUUUGUAACUUCUGUGGCUAUUCUGCCUCCUCACGUAGCACAUUGAAGAUGCACAUGCGGUUGCAUACCGGUGAGAAACCUUUCCACUGUGAUGAAUGUGAGUACGCAACAGCAGAUCAUAAUUCUCUUCGACGACACAAGAUGCGCCACUCAGGAGAUAAACCCUACAAGUGUCCACACUGUUCCUAUGCCUGCAUUCAGUCCAGCACAUAUAAAGCUCACCUCAAUACAAAGCACCCUGGUCUGGAGACUGGGUUGAUGUUUAACUGUGAUUUAUGUUCUUUCCGAUCAGUGCGUAAAGACAACUACAUGGCCCAUGUUGCAGAGCAUAAGAAUGAAUCAUACCCUAGUAACAGACAUAGAAACCACAGCAGUCCAAAACCUCAGAGUGAUUCAAAUAAAAAAUCCCAAGAAAAGGAAAUUUCAUCUGGGCUGGAGAAGCCUCAUCUUCCAACAAUCAUCAAUAUUUCCCACAUUAUUGGACCUGUGGAUGCUGGAGAAAGCACAUUACAUGAAAAUGCUGAGUCUUCUGAUAAUGUACACCUCAUCUAUAAUGGUAGUACUGUAGAGACACUUCUUCAACAGUCAUCAGAGGAAGUAGAAAGGCGGUUUGGAGUGGAAAUGGCAUCUGAUUCAGUGAUUCACUUGGUAGAGAACUUGGAUACCAGCAGUGACACCAGUGGGCAGCAUGUGACACAGAGUGUGGAGACACUUUGUGUGGCCAACAUUGAAACAGUAACAGAGAUGCCAUUGACACCAGAAUUUGAAGCUGAGCAAAUAACAGGAGACAUUCAGGAUAUCAAAGAACCUCAAGAACUUAAAUUCAAGGUUGGAGAAGAUAUGGCUUCAUAGAAACUGUGCAUACUGAAAAUUCAGAACAGGAACCUAACCUUAAUAUUGAUUUAUUUUUACUCUUAAAUUUAGCUCUUCUCAUAGAAGUUGGAAAGGAUAUCAUCAUAAUGUGAUGUUCAGUUUUAUUCAUUCAUAGGCUGUAUUGUAAUGGGGUUUCAGCUACAAGCCUUAUUAAAUGUGGUCCCAGUGCAAAUGCUUAAUUUUGUACUCGUAUAUACAGUUCAUUUCACUUGCAUCAAAAUUUUGAGUCUUUAUUAUGAGACAUAAUAGUGUUGUCUUGGUAAUUCUGGAAAGGAAAUUCAGAUUGAGACUUUAUGUUCAAAUGUGUAUGUAAGACUUUGAGGAUACACACUUUCUUUAAUGUCUGAAAGUUGAAUGUAAAUAUAAAUAUAUCACUUUAGACUGCAGUAAUGUGAGUUAUGACAUCAUGUAGUCAUGUGGGGGUCACCAGCAUUUCAGAGGAACAUGCUCUCCAUAUCCAGAUAGAGGCAGCAGAUUUCCUUAAAUGUUGAUAACCACGUAAUGUCACAGUCCAGAAAGUCACAAUCCAAACAUUCUCCAACAUGAAAACCUCAGACCUCAUAAAUAUAUUAUGUCUUUUGUCUGUGUAUCUGUGUGCUCUUACUAGUAAAUGAUAUUCUCAGCUCUCCUUUAAGGUUUUCUGUAUCUUCAUCUUCACAGUGGUCACUUUCAGUGUUGUGCAUAAAUGUAUAUGAGGGGCAGUCAGAAAGUUUCUGGAAUGGUGUAUUGCUCUGUAAUGGUAGGACAUACAGCAACACAUACAGAAUCAGUCUUAAUAGUUUGCAUCCUGUUUUGUGUCUCACAUAAGAUGUAAAGCAUACAAGAAUAUACCGUCUACACAACAACACAACAUUUUUUGAUACAGUAGUGUCUUCUUUGUUUUAAAAUACAGUGUUGUUGUGUAGACGGUAUAUUCAUGUAUGCUUUAUAUCUUACAUACCUAAUCACGUUCAAAGCAGGACCCUUGCACACACACUUGCUCCAUUGAUCCUGUCGCUGUUGGAAGUACCAGUGGAAGGCUUCUUUUGGAAUCUUCCAGAGUUUGGCCAUCACAUUCGAUUUGAUGUCCUCCAUAGUCGCGAAACUAGUCACCAUGAGACUCAUUUUGAUAGUAGAGAACAGCCAAAAGUCACUCAGAGUAAGAUUCAGAGAGUACGGUGGUUGGUUGAUGACAGGAAUGUUUUUCUCAAUGA